AGUUGAAUAAAAGAUGAAAAUGAGAUAAGAGAGAGGGAAGGAGGAGGGAGGAAGAGAGGUGCCAGAAAUUGGAGAAGGGGGAGAACAUUACGGCUGGUUGCAGGUGGUGGGAGUGGGUGAUUGGAGCCCCAACCUGCAACUUGAGAACACUCUCCUCGCCAGCGCCUGCGUUUCACUCUAACCGUACACGAUGUGAACCCCUCACCACUGAUCACCACGUGGACUCCUCCAUGAAACCUCCCCUUACAUUUUUCCCCUUAUUUUCUGGGUUUCUCGUCUUCUCUCUUGCUUUUGAUCCCCUAUUUCAACACCCUCUUCUUCUCUCAGUUUUUCACACUUCUGCCUCCCUUCAUUGUCUUGGGGUUUGGGUUUUCUGUGAAAUCUUCAAAUCGAUCAGCCCUGUUUCUGAUUUGAUUUUCUGGUUUCUGGGUUUUUCUGGGUUUUUCUUCUUCUUGUUGUUUUUGUUGUUUUUGUUCAAUGAGGGAAGCAGGUAGUGGAUGUGCGGAUGACCUGUCGCUGAGACUCUCACCGGAGAUGAAAAGAGGAAGGGAGGUUUCUGAUUCUGAACCGCCGGACCUUACUCUUAGGCUCUCUGUUGGUGGGGUUUCUAGUGCGAAGCCGAAGGAGAAUUCCUUAACUCGAUCCUCUUCGGUUAUUGGAAUGAUUUCUCAGAACUCAGAGGCGUGGAAAUGGGAUAUGCGGAGGCAGGCGGCUUCGUUUCUUUCCUUGUCGAGAUCUUGCUCUCUUCCGGUCGAGACGGACGAGCUCAGUCGGAUGAAGCUCAAGCAGUUUCAAUUCUUCAGGAGGCUGGAGGCUAGAAAGAGGCUGGCGGAGCAGAGGUAUGGCAGAGCAGUUGCGGCGGCGGAGGAUGAUAAGUUGGCCGUGGCGCCGCCAUCGGCCUCUGAAAUGGCUGCUUGGGCUGCCGCUUCUGCUGCAAAAAGUCCUGCCCUAUGUCGUGCGAUUGAUAGGAUCAAAUCCAACCAUGGAACCCUCUACCGGAGUUAUACAAUGGAUGGAUAUGGAAGUGUGGGAUCAACAAAGGGCUCAUCCAGUUCUCAAUCAUCACUGGAAUCAACUGAAAGAGAGCCAGUAGUGAACUCAAAAACAAUGGCAUCAAGAAAACUCGAGAUGCCGCCACAGAUGAACCCAGCGAAAAGAGCUAGAGUUUCCAAUGGCUGGAUGGGAGGGGAGAGAGGAAUGGACGUGAUGAGGAUGAUGCCGAGCGUGUCGACGAUCGGGGAGGGGCCGAACGGGAGGAAGGUAGAAGGGUUCUUGUACAAGUACAUGAGGGGACAAAUCUGCAUAGUGUGUGUGUGCCAUGGAAGCUUUCUUACUCCUGCAGAGUUUGUGAGACAUGCUGGUGGGAGGGAGGUGGCUAAUCCCAUGAAACACAUCCAUGUUUGCUGUACCUCAUUUGCAUUGGACAAGGGAAGAACACACCAAGAACAUUGAGGUUCCCCACAUCAACUUAAUGAGAUUAUUGCUGUUUCCUUCUACCAUUCUUGAUGCACCUUCAAAACACAGCCACCCUUAAACCCUUUUUUAUUACAUGAAUCCAUGUGCUUUUAGUGAUUCUUCAUUCACACAGAUAUCAGCAAUUGUCCACACAGAUAUCAGCAAUACUCAUUUCAAAACUUGUACUCUUUCUAUCUUUACCCUAAUACAAAAAUGGGUUGUUUGUGAAAUUA